AUAAUUACAUAUUUUACAUUUCAUUGUUCCGUAUUUAUGUGUAGAAGCAAAUGAUCUCGAGAUGUUCGGAAUUUACAAUUGUUUUCUUACGUUGUUAAUUUGUUUUAUUGGCUCGAUUGUGUGUUCCCGGGAAAAUGAAAUUUUACAGAUUUUUCCGCCGAUUCCUGUGGCGGUGUCUAAAAGUGCCAAUUCUGUGUGUAAAGAAGAAAGUGAUAGAUAUAUGGAUAACUUAAAAAAUUUUACGUUAUGGGCACAUGAAAUGUGGGAUGCCACGGCUAAAUCAGCUGCAGGUGUUUUACGAGGAAAUGUUUAUCAAAUGGGACAUUUCGAUCAAUGUCUUACUGCAAAGGCUCCAUUUCCAACUCAGUAUUGUCUUGCCACCAUUACCGCCUCUAUACCAAAACCUAAAGGAAGACGAGACCCGCUAUCUUUAAACUUUGAUCCUUACAAAACUGUUUUCCAAAGGCUUUAUAAAUAUGACGAUCAAUCUCAACAAAGCCGAAACGUUAUAAAGGUGGGUUGGUGCGUACCAUCGUCUUGUUCUACCAGAGAUCUAGAAGAAAAUCUUAAUGAAUAUUUGCUUAAUGUGGAUAAUAAAUUUCAACAUCAAAACGUAACUUAUAACGCAAAAUUUAUGGAAGUCUUAUGUCAUACUAAAGCAGAAAGCCAGUAUUUUGAUGUAGCAGAUAUUUGUUUCUGUUUCCUUGUUAUUUUGCUAUGUACCAUGGUAGUAGCAGCUACUAUCUACGAUUACAGCAAAUUAUCUCAGUCGAAAGAUAAAAAACUGCUUAAAAAACCACGUUCUUCUAAGUUUAUUAUGGCUUUUUCGGCAAGAAAAAAUUUUCUUGAAUUAAAUCGUGCUGAUGAGUCAAAUCCUGCAUUAAGCAUUUUGUAUGGAAUGAGGACAAUUUGUAUCUUUUUGAUAAUUGUAGACCAUCGUUUUGGGACUUUCAUAUCGUCAGCUAUCCUAAAUUUUAACUUUCUGGAACAGCAAUACAGAUCAUCGGUAGCAUGCUUAUUAUUUCAUGGAGAUUUAUUCGUGGACUCCUUUUUCAUUCUCAGUGGACUUCUAGUAGUUUACAGUCUUCUAAACCAAAUGGAUAGACAUCGCCUAAAUCCUGGAUUUAUUAUAUUACUAAGAUAUAUAAGGUUAACUCCAGUAUAUGCCUUUGUCAUAUUUUACUACGCAACACUUUUCAACCACACUGGAGAAGGUCCUUUAUGGAAAGUUGUGGCAGGAGCAGAUUCCCAGGAUUGUAGACAAAACUGGUGGACUAACUUAUUAUAUAUUAACAAUUAUGUUAACGCAGAUAAUAUGUGUAUGACACACUCUUGGUAUCUUCCUUGCGACUUUCACUACUUCAUAAUUGCCAUAUUUAUGGUCAUUAUUAUUAAGAAAAAUAAAAGGUUCGGACUUGGUGCACUUCUAGCUUUGACAGUUACUUCGUUAGUUAUACCGUUUGCUAUAACAUUACUGUAUAAACGACCUGGCCUAAUGCAAUUUUACCCAGAAUUUUUGACAGGACCCAAAACAUAUCUUGACUUCAAACUGACCUAUAGUAAGUCACAUACGAGGGCUACUCCAUAUUUUGUAGGCAUGUUUGCUGGAUACAUCUAUUAUGAACUUAAAGGAUCUAAUAAGCAUGUAUGCAGGAUGAAGUCCUUUGGAAUAUUAGCACUCUCUAUCCUUUUCCUGAUAAUAUGUGUAUUUAGCGGAAAAGUCUUCUACGAUCCGUAUCACAUAUACAAUGCCGUAGAAGCUGCAAGUUAUGCUUCCUUUCAUAGGCUGGCUUGGGGUGUUGGUACAGUUGGCAUUUUAUACAUAGCAAGUUUCGGACACGCAGCCAUUAUUAAGACCAUACUUUCUUGGAAACCAUGGAUACCUCUUAGUAAACUCGUAUAUGGAGCAUAUUUGUGCCAUAUGAGCUUCCAACUCAGAUCUGCUGCUAAAUUUAUGAGUCCUCGACAAUUAACAUAUUUCGAUGUGAUCAGCUUAGCCCUCUCGGAUAUAGUACUAGCUUUUGUAACAGCAUUGGUGCUGUAUUUAUUGAUAGAAGCGCCUUUCAGAAAAGUGUUUAGAGAGAUUAUGAUGCCAUCCAAAGAUAAAUCUCCAAAACCUAAAAACAACAAUGGAGAAAGGCAUAAUUCCGUUGAAGAGAAUAUGAUUAUGAGUAACAACAACGUAGUCAACAGCCGAGUGUAAGAUUAAUGAACUUUAGUUAGGGAUAAAUUUAAUAUAGACUAUAGCUGUAUAUUUUAUAAAAUAAUAUCGAUUAGAUGUCAUACCUACAAUUGCAAAUAUACGAGGCUUGUUCAAAUGAAACGCAUCUUUUAUCCAGAAAAAAAUUAUUGGCAUGGGUAGAUAUCUACAAACAAUUACCACUAUAUUUGAGGCAUAUAUUCCAUUGUGUGUAGAAAUCUUGAGAAGAUCGAAGCCCUCUAAGGGCUGUAGCAUCAAGAUGAUGAUGACGAUGAUUCCAUUGUGUCAGUAACCGAUAUAGCAUACCCUUUAAAAGAAUUCUUGUGGCUGUAGCUCGAAGAAAUCCUUUACGGCAUUUUGUAUUUCUUUGUCCAACUGAAAACGCUUACAUUUUAGCGCCAUUUUCAGUAGUCCAAAGAUGUGAAAAUCACUGAGCGAUAAAUCGGACCUAUAGGGUGGAUGCUCUAAUAUCUUCCAUUUAUUUCGUUGUAAAUUUUCUUUCAAUACUUUGGUGACAUAAGGCCGAGAUUGUCAUGCAGGAGAAUGACACCACCUGAGAGCUUCUUUGGGCGUUUUCGUCAUAUUGUUUGAUGAAGCUUGUUCAAAGUUUUAUUAAGUAAUCAGGUUUUCCGUGAUAUACACUUUAGGUUCUGUAAACUCUAUGAGCAAUGUCCCUUCAUGGUUGAACUUUAUAUGACUGCACGUAGAUUAUAUUUGGUCGAAUUAUUAACAAAAAAACGCCAUUUUUAAAUUAAUUAACGCAAUACUCAAAAUAGCAGUCAAAUACAAAUAAGAAGAACUGAUCAGCGUAAAGUUUAUAAACAUAACUAACAUUAAAAUGUGGUUUCAGAACAUCAGUUGUUGAUUUAUUACAAAUGUUUCAAAGUCUAACCUGACCAAAGAUGUGUUUUAACUGAACAAGCGUAUAUUUACUGCUAAAUCCGUUGCAAAAUUUAACUUUAUAAGUUAAGUUUUAAUUAACAUAAGAUAUAUAAAAUUAUAUGGAAUUAUAAUUAGAAGAUAUAUAAAAUUUUAUAUACAAUUUUUGUGUAGAUAUUGAUACAGAAGUAAAUAAAUAUAUUAUGUUAUGAGUAGUAAAAACACAUCCUCCUCUGCUUUAUUUUGGGAAUGUUAUUUUUCUUGUACAACCGCGGCCAUUGAAUAGUUUUUUUUUGCUUUUUUUUUUGCUUGGACUAUAGUCAUUCAGCCAGUCUCAAUCAAAAGUAAAUGUAUUAAAGAUAUUGCCAAUUAGUAUUAAAGAUAUUGCCAAUUACACUCUUACAAAUAUACUAUCAUUUUUACCUCCUUUAAACGCACAUUUUACGUCAAAAUGACCUUACUUACCAGUGACUGACCCAGAAUGGGUUAAUUAAAAUUUAAAAAUCAAAAUAAAAUAAAUAUAUUAUCUUACAAAAGGUAAUAAAAUGGAAAUUAAAGAAAAAAUUUUUUUAUAUCUAUGGAUUAAACGAAAAUUAGGAGGUCUGGCUUAAAAAUAUCCAUUUUAUUUUAAAUAUCUGGUAUAUUAAAUAAUGAUAAACAGUAGCACAAUUAAUAUUUGGUGAAAGCCCCAUUAUUGUCAAUACAAAUUUGCAAUCUUCUGAUCAUAGAUAGCACCAAUCUCCUCAUGUUAUAUUCAACACGCUUCUCCCAUGCCUGCUUAAUUGCUUCCCAUAGUUUAAUUCUAUUCCGUGGCCUAAGGUUUCUUUCAUUUAACUUCUUUGUCAACUCUGCCCACAUAUUUUCGAUGGGGUUUAGGUCUAGACUUCAGGAAGGCUACGGAAGAAGAUUAACAUGAGUUUCUUCCAACCCUUCUCGAACAAUUCUACUCAUAUGCACCGGGCAAUUAUCAUCUUGGCAUAUGAAGUUGUUAUUGGGGAAUUUUUUCAUCACUGAUGAUAACAAUCUUUCUUUUAUAUGCAAAUAAACGCCCGUGGCCUCAGCACUUAUCCAUUCCCAUAUGUUGAGCGAGAAUUCUCCACAAUUUCUUAAAUGAUGAGUAUAACUUAUAUCAAUCCUAUGAUUCUCGGCCUAUAAGCUCUUAUUAGAAUAUUGCUAUUUGAUUGAAACACUUCUUCAUCGGAAAAUGCAACGCUAGACCAAAAAUUGUCUUCACAGUUUAUGAAUUCAUUACAAAAUGUAUCUCGUCUCCUCUUGUGGUCCUCAGUCAAAAAAGGUUUCCUUGCAGCUGAAAAAUUUAUUAACUCACUUGCUUUACUCCUUCUACGUACAUUGCGAAUAUUGCCCAGAAACCUCUGUCUCUUUGCUAGCUUUUCGGGUUGUGACAAAAGAAGCUUCUCUCAGAUAAUCUACUAAUAUUUAUAUACUAAGGAUUUCCACAGUUUUCACUGUAUUCCUUCACUCAACUGUUCUCUCCAGCUCUUUUUGUCUUGCCAGUCCCCUUCCUGUAGAUUUCUUCUCUCCAUUGCUUCGUCUACUUCAUCUUUGAAGAAUCUUCGAAGUCUGCCUCUCUUCCUUUUUCCUAUCGGGCUCCACAGGUUAAUCUCUUCUGUUCGAUGCAGUCUAUUAUGUCUGAGUUCACUCCCAUUCUUCUCUUAGUCUCUAUGUUAUUUAUUCUAUCUCUCCUUGUUACUCUGCAGCUUUUCCUUAGGAAUUCCAUCUCUCUUGCUCUUAUUUUAUUUUUGGUUUUUUUAUUUAUUAUCCAAUUUUCACACCCAUAAGUGAGGAUACUUCUUGUCUUGGUGAUACAUCAUUAAAUCGCUCUGUGGAGAUCUUCUGCUCUCUUUAUCCACUCAACCGUACUAUAGGGUGAAAAUCAUCCCAUGUUUGUUUGAUUUGCCGUAUGCAUAUAUGGCUCAUGUUCAGAUCUGCAGAAACUUGCCUUAGUGACCAAUCUUUGAGUUCCCAAUCGAUCUUGAUUUUUGCGCGUUAUUCAAAUGCAUUCUAGGCAUUUUGAACACGUUUAAUACCUUAUUAUAUUUUUCAAUACGAGCGAAAUUUUUGACAAUCACUUUGCAAAUCCGAAGACACUGCUAUUGUAAAGUAUGUAAGUAAAGUAAGUAAUGGAAAAAUGAAGCCGUAGACUAUUCAGUGAUCGUAGCUGUACAACGCAUUCUAUUGUAACUGUAACUUAUAUUUAUAAUAAAUAUUUUAGUGACAUGUAGUAAUAACUUAAAUACUGCACAUACUCUGUAAUACACAAAUAUUGAAAUAUUAUAUAUCCUGUCGAAUAUUGUAAAAAUUAAAAAUACGUAGAUAUUACCACAUAGUUAUAUUAAAAUUGCCAGUUUCAGUAUUUUCGUAUUUUGUAAUUUCAUUUCCGAUUAUAUAUUAUAAUAAAUAUUUUUUACUCAUUAA